CAAGAUUCUGCCAUCAGGGAAUUAUCCCCCGUACAGCGAACGCAACUCUCUGAACAUUGCAUCCACCAUAUAUCCACCCACUAUGCGGUCUCUAUCACCAGCUCUCGCGUCUCUCGCGAAUGUCUUCCGGAUCCCGAUGUCGCUAGCUCCGGUGCGCCCAACUGCGUCCCGCGUCUGCCACGAAGUCCUUGCCCGUCGGACACAACAACCUGGCCCGAUCACCUCAGCCGUGCAGUCCGCGCCAUUCUCGUCGACAAGUACCCUGGAGGGGCGAGAGAAGAGAGGUCCCAAUGUGGAUAAGCGAAUCACUCUCAUCCGCUACUUCCUCUACCACCCUCUCACUCCCCGCCCUCUGCGCUUCUCGCGAAACCGCUACCUCCGCCAUUGGACUAUUCACCGCGCUUGGCAAUUGUUCCAGGCCAAGCAGCGCCGUGCACGAGAACUCGAGCUGGAGCGUCAGUACCAGAGCAUGCAGUCUGCUUGUGAGGAGCUGCGGACUGGUGCCGGUGACGGUGGCAGAUUGUUCCGCAAGUCAAUGAUCAAGAAGGGUAUCUUCACUGAUAUGUUCCCCAUCGAGUAUGGCCGUAUGCAGACCGAUUACCCCCCUGCCGAGGGGUGGAAUCAUGAUUGGAAGCGUCCUGAGAAGAAGGACCGAUAAAUGUGUGGGACUGGCCUGUUUUAGGGGUCAGAGUGUGGAUUGGCUAGAUCUGGUUCUGACCGGAGCUUUAGUGUUGGGUAUCUUGUGUAUCAUUUGGCGCUAUGUACUAUACGCAUUUUUUUUGUUGGCCUCAAUUCCGAGAGCCUUUUUGAGUCAUCUCUCGGAUGGGCAUAUCGUGCUUUUAUAUGUGUUCUAUAAGAGCUAUUGUUUAAAUAAAAGAGCCUGUGGCUCGAAAUCUCUACAGUUUGAGUGAUAAAGAAGACUGCCAGAGUUACAGUGUUGGAUUGCUCGCUGUAUAAUUCUGCGAAAGCAAUGGCAAAAAAGUGCGCUGUAUCAAAUGAUUUGACAGAAAAAGAAUCGACAGGAAUUACUACACGAGAAGGAGAGAAACCAUCAAGGAACGGCAUUCGCAAUGCACUUCGGGGAGAAUAGUGACAAGAGAUGGGAAUCCGGAGACGCACGUGCAUGAGAUGAUGGGGGAACCAAAUAGGGAAUGACCAAAAGGAAAGACGUGAGAGAAUGUACUCCGAGAGAAUAGACAGGGCGAAAAAGAGCCGGAAUAACAAUAGAAGAGCAACAGAUGUCAUACCCGGACCAAUCGACCCAAGCAAUCACAAGAACCUCCCGAACGCCAAUGAUGCAUGAUACAGCGGGGACUGCUAAUCGACACGGGUCAAAACAGGGACUGAGCAAAGUCCGUCGACUUGGAAGGCGAAAGAAAAACAAAACCGAACGCUGGGCAGAGAGAAAGAGUAAUCGCAAUGUCCGUUUCACGCAAUCAGGUCGUUAUAGAACAAUACAGCAGGAGCUCUUGCGCUUGUCGAAGGAUAGCAGAGCAGCCCGGGUGGCGGCUUCGAAAACAUCAUCGACGCCUUCGCCCGUGAGGGACGAGCAUUCGAGAUACUUGCGGGCGCCAACCUGAGUCCCCGUCUCGUUGCCCUCUUUGGUCGUUACAAAUUUGAGAGACUUUUUGCGCAUUUCUUCAAUGGCCAAUGGAUCUUCACGGAGAUCUUUCUUCAGGCCGACAAGAAUAAUGGGGACGCCGGGGCAUCGUUCGUUCGCUUCUUCAAUCCACUGCGACCAACGAGUUAGUGAGAUUCAUGAAGGGACCCCCCCGGGUCCUGACGAAUCAAUCUGACGCACCUUGUGUUUCACGUUCUCCAGUGAAUCUGGGGAAUCCACCGCGAAACCAAUCAACAAGACAUGUGCUUUCGAAUAUGCCAGCGGUCGCAACCGCUCGUAGUCUUCUUGUCCUGCCGUAUCCCAGAGGGCCAACUGUACCGACCGGCCAUCAACUCGACAAUCGGUCACAUAGUUUUCGAACACCGUGGGUACCUGAUGAGUUGGAAAGUAGCCGAGCGUGAAGACACUCAGCAGACUCGUUUUUCCACAGGCACCAUCACCGAUGAUCACGAGCUUCCUAUACGCAUAAUCGUUGAUUAAUAUUUGACUCAGAUUUUACAAUCGUAAGAAUUUGCCGUGUGGUAAUAACAGAGAACACUUCAGCAAUGCUACUGUCCAUCCGCUGAGAGGGGGUUCUCGGCUUGUUAAACCGGCUCGUGCGAUGGGAGCAAUUCUGACACGAGAACCACAAGGCGCAAGAGAGGAAUAAGUUGAUUAUGCGUACCUCCGCAUCACAUUAUCGUCCUGUUGUUGGGCCAUGUCCAAUGGUGUCGGGUGGGUUGAGCCCGGAUACUCGCAAGACCGAAGAAUGGUUGAGGAAGCGGGAGGAUAGCGAGACCGAUCACAGCUUCACGGCGGGAUACGAAGUUUCUCGAGUCAGGCCUGCAAGAGCUGACGAUCGAAGAUCGCGACACGGAAUCAGGCAGGGGUAAGGGAAGUCCAGCCCUGUACACACGGUGUAACCCGCCCAAUAGCGUUCAGGGGGGUAGUUUGCGAGAGGAGGCCUAACGAUGCACCACAACAGUGACGUGACGGGUCAGGGUUGGGGAGGGGGGGGGGGGGGGCGCCGUUCUCUGGUUCUGGUUCUGGUUCUGGUUUAUUUAAAGGCGGUCGCGUCGGGGCUGAAGGACCGCAGGAAUAAUAAGUUGGAGGAGGACGAGGGGAAGGGGAAACAGAGGAUCGAAUUGGAUAGCCAGGCACGACGAUCCUCACGAUUAACCGAUCCACUGCUAGAGGGAGAGUAGUUGAAAUUGGGUAGUAAGCGAGAGUGGUUUAGUUAGUUGGACUUGGUAGUAAUCGGUUUAGCCCGCGGCGUUUGGGCGCCGGGCGGUCGGUCGAUAAGAUGAAUAGGAGGAAGAAUGCGGUUGUAGAAACCCGGAGAUUUUAUGGCUUGCCCCCGAGAUUGGACUACGGAGUCUGAUACACACACGGCAGCUGCUCCGUCUGAUCAUCCUGGUUCCAACCCUGAUGUAACUCUUUUUGCCCACAUCCAGCUGGCUCUGGUUUUCUCGCCAUGAUGGAGUUAUUUUUAAUUAUCG